CGGACUCCAAAAUGCGCUAGAUGUCGGAACCACGGCGUGGUUUCCUGUUUGAAAGGACAUAAGCGAUUUUGUCGAUGGCGUGAUUGUCAAUGUUCGAAUUGCUUAUUGGUGGUUGAAAGACAGAGAAUUAUGGCAGCUCAGGUCUCUUUA